CUUCAAAGUGUGUGCUCUUUCUCAAAAACCAUUUCUCUCUUCUCCUUCUUAAUUCCAACCAAUCAACAUUUGCCAUAUACAAUGGGAAGUGACAAAACAAUAAAAAUGAAGAUAACUGUAAACAAAUCAUCAAUAAUCAAACCUUCAAAAACCACCCCUACACAACAACUAUGGACAUCCAACCUAGACCUCGUUGUCGGUCGAAUUCAUAUUCUUACCGUUUAUUUCUACAGGAAACCCAAUGGCGGGUCCUCCUCAAGUUUUUUCGACCCGAAUGUAAUGAAAAAGUCGUUAGCUGAUGUGCUUGUCUCGUUUUAUCCAAUGGCGGGGCGAUUAGGUAGAGACGAAAAUGGCAGAAUUGCAAUUGAUUGUAAUAAUGAAGGUGUUCUGUUUGUUGAAGCUGAGUCAGAUUCUACCUUGGAUGACUUGGGCGAGUUUACGCCUUCGCCUGAAUAUCGUGACCUUACGCCAACCGUUGACUAUUCCGCCGAUAUUUCCUCAUAUCCCUUAUUUUUCGCACAGGUAACUCGUUUCAAAUGUGGAGGUGUUGCACUAGGUUGUGGUGUGUUUCAUACACUAUCUGAUGGUCUAUCUUCGCUUCAUUUUAUAAACACAUGGUCUGAUAUGGCUCGUGGGCUCUCCGUAGCCAUCCCACCUUUCAUUGAACGAACAUUGUUAAAGGCCCGUGACCCGCCUACCCCAACCCAUGACCAUGUUGAGUACCACUCACCUCCUUCCAUGGAUAUUCAAAAAGCCGGUUCUGUUUCUAAAUCGUCCACCACCAUGCUAAAACUCACACUAGAUCAACUCAAUGCUCUUAAAGCUAAAGCCAAUAGUCAGGGUGGGCCAAACCAUAGCACAUAUGAGAUUCUAGCAGCUCACAUAUGGCGUUGUGCAUGCAAAGCUCGAGGGCUCCCAGAUGACCAAUUGACCAAAUUAUAUGUAGCCACAGAUGGACGGUCUAGAUUGAGUCCUCAUCUUCCACCUGGCUACCUCGGGAACGUGGUCUUUACAGCCACCCCGGUUGCCAAAUCAGGCACUCUUACAUCAGGAUCAUUGUCGAACACUGCAAAACUGAUUCACUUAACAUUAAAAAAAAUGGACAAUGAUUAUUUGAGAUCGGCUAUUGAUUACUUGGAAGUACAACCUGACCUAUCGGCUCUAAUUCGUGGACCAAGUUACUUUGCUAGCCCGAACCUAAACAUAAACGCUUGGACAAGACUACCUGUGCAUGAUGCAGAUUUUGGGUAUGGACGUCCGGUUUUUAUGGGGCCCGCAUGCAUACUGUAUGAGGGAACCAUAUAUGUUUUACCAAGCCCAAACAACGAUAGAAGUAUGUCAUUGGCAGUGUGCUUAGAUGCAAGUGAACAAUCACUUUUUGAGAAGUUUUUGUAUGACAUCUAAUGCGUUGAAGUUUGAACCCAAACAAAUAGUGGCCAAUUUGUUUAUGUUCUUUUUUGGUCUCAAUUUCUUUGUUACUUUGUAGUUUGUAAUAAUAAACUGUGAUUGCAGCCCAUGAUGAAUGAGAGUUUUGUACAUUUAAAA